UUAAGUGUGAAUGCAGCCCGCGACGCAACCUGCCGGCAAUAGCACGUCUUACAUAUGUCAGUUAUGCCAAAAAUCUUUUAAGAGCACUAAAGGACUUAAUAUACACACAACAAAAGUCCACAGACCUUGUCUCACACAAAAUAUCCCUCCAAUAGACAACAGCCAAAUUAAUCAGCCUCCCUUCCUCGCAGCCGCCCAACCUACCACUCCAUUUCACCUUCACCUCAGCCAUCUGAAAAAUAAUGUCUCCAUAGUCAAAAGAAUACCCCGCGGGGCUAGAAUAUCUGUUGCCUCACAUCUUUCUCAUCUCAUAAACAAAUGCACCGAAAACAAUACUACCGCAGACUGGCACAACCUCCUCCUUUUUCCCUACCACACCCUCCACGCCCAAGAUGAUGACCCGAGCAUAUGCCUGACCCAAAAAAUAAAAAACAACUGCAUUAACAAUCCACCGCCGCCCACAUAUAAAAAUAAGUCAAAUAUAAUGUACGAUCGAAAAAAACACAUAGAAAACAAAAUAAGCGACGGCGACCUUAAAGGUGCCGCCCGCCUCCUUUUCUCUAGCGACGUGCUAUCGCCGGAUACCCCCGACACUCUUCUGGCCCUACAGACAAAACAUCCCCCAGGUCCCACCACCCCGCACUUCUUGGACCCACCAACGGCAAACCAGGCCUGCCUACAAAUAAAAAACAGAGACGUAAUUGUGGGUAUAUUGUCAUUCAAAAUCGGUUCUGCUGCAGGCUUGGACGGACUCUCACCCCAACAUUUAAAAGACCUCACUUCCCAUUCCGUGGGCGACGCUGGCGAGCGUCUCGUCGACUCCCUUACUAAAUUGAUCAACCUCAUGUACACAGGCAACGUGAACCCAGAAAUAGUCCCGAUUCUAUACGGGGCAAAUCUCAUCGCACUCACCAAAAAGGACGGAGGGGUGAGACCGAUUGCCGUUGGCUCUACUUUAAGACGUCUCGCCUCCAAAAUUGCAGUCAGGUAUAUAAUUUCCAAAUUAAAACCACUUUUCGAACCUGUUCAGCUCGGUUUCGGUAUAAAAGGAGGUUGUGAGGCAGCCGUCCAUGCCUUACGUACUUACCUCUCAAAUUCACCCUGUGAUGUGCUGGUCAAAAUUGAUGUUCGGAACGCUUUUAACUCAGUAAACAGGGACACCUUGCUGACUGAAAUAAAGAACAAUAUCCCCGAAAUCUACAACUAUCUCCUGCAUUGUUAUGAUGACCCUACAAAUUUGAUCUACCGUGAAAAUGUAUUAUCUUCUGAAGUCGGUUGUCAGCAAGGUGAUCCUCUCGGGCCGGCAAUAUUCAGUUUGGCUAUUAAUCCAAUUAUUCAAAAACUAAAAUCUAAAUUUAACGUCUGGUACUUAGACGACGGAACCCUGGGAGGCGACCUCGAAUCAGUACUGUCAGAUCUCUCAACUAUCAAAUCAAAAUUUGAAACAAUUGGUCUAGAAUUAAACUAUAGCAAGUGUGAACUUUUUAUUAACAACACCUCUUUAAAUUUUUCGGAUAUAAAACCAAAGUUUGAUCUGCUUACACCAAACAUUAAAAUAACAGACAAAGACUCUCUUUGCCUCCUUGGGUCUCCUAUCUUUGAAGAAUCCUAUUCGAAAUUCGCAUGCGAUACUACCUCUAAAUUUCAAACUUAUGAAAGUCGUCUUCUCGAAAUUAGUCCGCAUUUCGCUUUAUGUAUUAUCAAAUUCUGCCUUUUCGUACCAAAAUUAAUGUAUGUACUUCGCUGCUGCCCUUUUACAAAAUUUCUAAAUUUAUUAACUCCUCUGGACGACUUGAUAAAAACUAAUUUGGAAUCUAUUUUGAACUUGCAGUUUAGCGAAGAGUCCUGGACCCAAGCAUCCCUUCCCAUUCGCCACGGUGGGUUAGGGAUCCGCAAAAUUUCAAGUGUGUCUACACCGGCGUUUUUAUCUUCCGUUCAUAGUUCAGCAACUCUCAUAGGAAAAAUCCUGAGGGCCUGUCCUCCAAACUAUGAGAUUACUGGCUUAACGGAGUCUAAAAACGCCUGGUCCAUCGCCUGCCCGGCCGCAGCACAGGUUCUGCACGCGCCAGACUGCUAGCAGCCGGUUCCAGGGAGUCCGGCGCCUGGCUGCACGCCUUCCCGUCGGU